AUUACAGAUUGCAUUCAUCUUGUUGUAUCUGUCAAGAAGCUCCCCACUCAAAGGCUUUCUAACAACUAUCUUCCCAAGUGUGAUGAAAAUGGCAAGUUCGCUCCAAUCCAAUGUGAUCAGCUACAGUGCUGGUGCGUUGACGUGAACUAUGGCACGGAAAUCACCGGCUCUGCUGUGUUGGUGGCGAUGAAAAGGGGUGACAUGUGUCGAGAUUUACGACUCUGUGGCGUGAAAUGUUCCAAUCACUGUCCACAUGGCCUGAAAAUGACUGUCUUCGGAUGUCCGGAUCCUACCUGUGCAUGUCGGGAUCUAAUUUAUUCCAGUUGUCCAAAUAAUGCUGAUACUUGUCAGUUGAUCGAACCGGACUGUGCACAACCGCCUUGCCUUCCCGUACCAAGAUGUCUGCUGAAUCCAUGUCCUGCCGGCCAACCUAUGACUCUACAGAAUGGUGUGACAGCUCUGUGCGCCACCUCCGAUCAGUGUAGUCCCAACCAUUGGUGUCAUAAGGUUCAUUCGAUUUUCGCUAUCAAUUUGGCCUAUUUGGGAGUUUAUCAUCUCGAGCUUGCCUUACUAGCUCCCUGUAAUAAUCAGGAUCCAGUCAUUAGACAACUUCUUCUGUUUCAAGGUAAAUGCUGUUUCGAUGGUUGCGGUCUGAGCUGUUCACCGCUGGAAGCACCCAAAAUGCACCGAGUGAUCGUCACGCAAAGACGUAACCACCAUUUCCAACCUGGCGAUGUGGCAACACAUAACAAAGGUGUGCUUUCUUCUCUCGUAGCCGACUGUCCUUCAUCAAAAUUCACUAACUGUACGUCUUCAUGUGCAUCCGACAACGACUGUGUUGGUAUGAAACGAUGCUGUCGCGUUGGCUGCUCUACGCAAUGUCUCUAUCCGAUCCGAACCACACGUGAACUUUCUUUGAGAGGUCACGGUUACUUCGACGAUGGCUGCUUCUGUGUGGAUAUCGACAGUGGGGAUGAGAUAUCGGGAACGCGAACAACCGACAGCGUGCCGAAUUGUGAAGGUAGUCACAAGUGUCCUGACGUGGUCUGCAGAACAUCUUGCCCGUACGAGUUCGAAAGGGACGCAAAUGGAUGUCGUUCGUGCCGCUGUAAAAACCCAUGCGCACCGGUCAAAUGUCAUCAGGGCAGUUAUUGCAUCAUGACCGCAGUCAAUUGUUUCCAGUCGGAAAAUUGUCCUCCACAACCACGGUGUGUUUUGAACCUCUGCCCACGGGGUGAACCGUUCAUUUCACAAGUGGGCGUCGUGGAAACCUGUAACUCUAACGAUCAGUGUCCUCCCAGGCAUUGGUGUCAUCAGGUAGGGUUUUCCUCGACCGGUCUGUGUUGUGCAUUGCCAGCCAGAGCUGUCCAUGCAGGCAGGUGCCCACCAACUGCACCGCUUUUACACAAUCUUACUGUGUGCGGAUUCAGCUGCCGUUCCGACGGAGACUGCCAGAACACAGAGAAGUGCUGUUAUGAUGGUUGCGGACUGCAUUGUAAAGACUUGUCGUCCCCAUCGUCAGCAAACUCUACAUCCCUUUUUGAUGAGUGCAGUCCGAUCAUUCCGAUAUUUUCUGGGCCUGAGGAAAAUCCUUGUUACAAGAACCAGUGUACUUCUGAUGACGAAUGUGUCGGUGUGCAGAAAUGCUGUUCCGACGGCUGUAGCAAGAAAUGCCUCUACCCAGAAAAUGGUAGUGCCUGUGUGCAGGCUAAAUCUGCUCUGCAAAUGAUUGGACAAUCGGAGAGGAUUCAGUGUCGGCCAGACGGCUCCUUCGAAGAAGUUCAAUGUGACUCAGAGUUUUGUUGGUGUGUGAAUGAUCUCGGUGUCGAAGUGGAAGGAACACGUUCGUCCGAGAAUAUUCCGCCAAACUGUAAAACACCCCUAGCCAAACCGAUAACUACACUCAAUCGGAGGGUCCCCAUAUUUUUUAACGAAUAUUCGACAGAACCUCGAUGGUCACCCGGGACAUGCCCUCCGACAAUCGCCUCAAAUGGAGAUUGCUCUCGACAUUGCCUUAUUGACGAACAGUGUCCAUCGAGCCAAAAAUGCUGCUUCAAUGGAUGCGGACUCUCGUGUGUAGCUCGGAUCCAGCAUGAAGUACGUAGUUACAGGGGUAAAGAUCCUGAAUGUAUGACAGACGGCGACUGUUCUGCUCUGCGAAAGUGCUGCAGCGACGGAUGCACCCGUCGAUGUACUGCUCCCGAUCUGACAACACACUGCGUUCAUGCUCGUUUGGCGGCAUUGGCGAUUUACGAGUCGGACUCGAGCGUAUUUGUACCUGAAUGUGAUUCUAAUGGUGACUACACACCGAUUCAAACCCACUACGGCUUGAAAUGGUGUGUAGACAAAAUCGGACGAGAGAUGCCAGGCACAAAAACAACCCAUCAAGUAAACUGCAAAGUGCCGCGACCUUGUCCAGUAAGGGCCUGUCACAAACAUUGUCCUUUUGGAUAUCGAACCGAUAAUGCCGGUUGUACGGUCUGCGAUUGUAUUGUACCGUGCGAAUUGGUUCAAUGCCAAGCCGGAUUCAUCUGUCGAGUGGUGCAACCACGAUGUUACACGAAAGACUGCCCGCCCAUAGCUAGAUGCCUGCCUAAUAUCUGUCCUGUGGGUGAGCCGUUGGUUUCACCGGGUGCAGAUCAUCUGGCCGAAUGUGAUGUGCAGCGAUCCUGUCCUGCCGGUUACUUCUGUACUCAGAACGGAUACGAAGGGAGAGGUUUCUGCUGCCCUGGUCAUGCUCCACCGCCAUCGCCUAUUACCUGUCCUCCAAUACCGCUCACCAUAAAUGCAGUCGACUCGUCCGCCUGCGUUGUCGCCUGCCGGCGUGCGUCAGACUGUCCACAAAAGUCUGUGUGCUGUUUCAACGGUUGUGGGACCAGUUGUCAAUUUGAAACCGGUCAUCACUCUCAGCGACGUCCCCUUCGGUGUUGGUCGGUGUGCCAUCUGCAAAAAAUCCCCAUUCAACGAGGAAUUUUGAGCAGCCACCACUCUUUGAAGAAGGUAGGCGUCUGCCCGUCAUUGUUGCUGAACCCUGGUUGUCGUGAAGAAUGUUUGGCUGAUGCUGACUGCGCGUCGUUCUCGAAAUGUUGCAAAGCCAGUUGUGGAACGCGAUGUGUUGAACCGACGCGGUUUUUUCUGAAUAAUUCAAUCAUUCAACUCAUAGCUUUUCUCCACUUCAGAUUUGUUUUCUUUCCUUUUUUGUUGAGCCUCUUUAUAAGGAAGCCUCUCCGUAGGCAAAAGCUAUUAUUGUUCAUCUACUUACCACCAACAGCAUACAGUGGACAUCAUGUACACUUCGUUGCAGGACCAAAGAUCUGCAGCGUGUCCUGCGGGCAUUCGUCAUGCGAUUACGGUAUUCGAGUUGAUGCAAACGGUUGCCCACACAAUGGAGUAUGCUUGUGCAAGAAUCCAUGUGAUGUAAGUUUCUUGGAUUUGAUGGGAGCGCGGGAGGCAGAGUGGCUAAAAGCGGUUAUGCGCAUUACGUCCCCAUGUGAUUCGAACUAUGUGGUCAGAGACCUUUACGGAAACGCAUUCUCGUGUCGCAACGAUAGCUGUCCACGCGGAAAAUGUGUGAUUGGCGUUGGUGAAACGGUCGGCAUCUGCUGUCAAACACCACAAACCACUGAGAUGCCUGCUUACAUCAAAGCCAGAUCAAGUGAGUCUUAUUUAGCCUGUUACCAAACGUAUCGGUUACAGUUUAUUCUUGCAGCUCCUCGCAUCUGUCCAACCCAGUGCUCACGAUCAAUGUGUCCUUACGGCCCUGUACUAGAUCAGAAUUUUUGCCCGUUCCCGGACUGCCGCUGUUCUUCACCUUGUAACAAUGUGACUUGCAAGGGUAACGAGGUGUGUUUAGCUCCUUCUUCACUUUCGUUGACUAUUCGGCCCAUUUUAGGUGAAAAUUCGCCAUGUAAUGUUGGAGAUCGCCCGGUGAUUGAUCCGCGAACAAAAAGGCAAUUCUACUGCAGGGAAUCUGGUGAAAUCUGUCCCACAGGAUUCUACUGUACAGGAUUCGAUGCCGAAGGGGCAGGCGUGUGUUGUCCUGGUAGAGGUAGUAUAUAUAAUAUUCAAGAGCCACUAUUGACUAAAGCGAAAACCUCUUCCUGUCCUCAUGGCGAUCCGUUCGCGAGCUCAUCAGAUGGUACUCCUCUGGCGUGUUCUUCGAAAAUCAACAGUUGUCCAUCUACACAUUACUGCUCGACACAUCCGGGAGGGAAAGUUGGAAUAUGCUGUGUUUCUAAACGAUACGUAUGCGGGUUGAAUCCGGAACGUGGACCAUGUUCAGUUACCGUACCACGAUAUUUCUAUUCUCCAUUGAAUCAAACCUGCUCAUCGUUCGAUUACGGUGGUUGUUCAGGAAAUUUGAACAAUUUCGCGACCAAAGAGCAUUGCGAAGCGUUCUGUGACGGUAGGUUGAUCUCAUUUCCCUACCUGGUACAGCACCUCUCUUAUGUUACGCUUUAUUUCAGAGGAUUGGCUGAGUUCCUUUCGCAACGAUUUUCUCUUUCAAAGUCAUCUAUCGACGACGUGAUCAUCUUGGACGACAACACUGCUCGUUUCACUAUCAAAGAUCCUCAUGCAAGUCGAAUUGCGAAGAGCAUUUCAGAAGCGGUGAGUUGCAUGCAAAAGCUGUCGAAAAUGCAUGAAUGUCAUCACACCUCAUCAAAUACUCCGCUCACUGUUCUCCAUUACAUCUCUAAGCCGCAGUUUUUUAAAAUUAUAUUCAAGCGUAAAUUUGAAUGUAAAUGGAGUCCUUUUUAUGGAUUCUAG